CUCACCACUUUUCUGUUCCGAACUCUGACCUCUAUGCUUAGCUAUGUCUGUGGAUGGUCGGAUCUCAUUCGAGGAAAAUGAAAGUAUUCUUUCAGAUUAAUGGAUUAUCAAGCCUGUUUGACUAGCUUAGCAGCAGCGACACCCACUCUGUGACACGAUUUGCGGACGCAGCGGGUUAUACAGCUGCUGUCACAUAAUAUGACCUACAUGUGUUAGCUAGCUACUCUGUGUCGGGAUUUGUUUUGCUAGCUACAUAGCUAGCUAGUUAGCUGUUGGGUAGUCCGCUAGUUAGCAAGCUCUGUCACCGCUAGUGCUGACGUUAACUUAAAAAAACGUUGCUGUCAAGUUGGAAUAAUAUCCGGUUUUAGAAAUUAACGUAACCGUAAAUCAGAUGACAACCAACGUCUUCGUUCUUUGGGACUUAUGACCGUUCCUUUGUCACAAUGUUUUCGAGGUUAGUUUUACCAAGUAACGGAACAAGCCGCCCUGAAGUAACGUUACUUAGUAAUAGCAGUGAACUAACUAACCUGAGCUAGCCAGGUUCGCCCUGCCAAUCGUCAACAUUACAGGCAGGCAAGCUAGCUAACUGUACACCAAUCAGCUAACGUUAGCCGGGCUAUCGAGGAUACCGUUUUUUUACUUAGCAUUAACGUAUAAGCGACGGAAUAACCGGUAUCGGUUUCCAGCGACAAUGGCUAACGUUACAGACCUGCAAACAAAAUACAGCAAGCUGGCACAGGAGUACUCCAAGCUCCGUGCCCAGAACCAGGUGCUAAAGAAGGGAGUUGUGGAUGAACAGGCCAACUCUGCCUCAUUUAAGGAGCAGCUGAAGCAGAGGGACCAGAGCCUGAGGAAGCAGGAGCAGGAGAUGGACAGUCUUAGCUUCAGGAACCAACAGCUGGCCAAGAGAGUGGAGCUGCUGCAAGAGGAGCUAGCUGUCAGUGAAGCCAAGGGCAAAAAGGGGAAGAGUAAAGCAGACUCUCCCUCACAGCAUGGUCUGGAGACCCAGAGUGUUUUUGAUGAGGACCUGCAGAAAAAGAUAGAAGAAAAUGAGCGACUUCAUAUCCAAUUCUAUGAAGCAGACGAGCAGCACAGGAGGCAGGAGGCCGAGCUGAUGACACGACUACAGGAGCUGGAAAAAGAAUCGGAGCAGCACCAGGCUGUUGUAGACGGACUCACCGCUAAGUACAUGGAAACAAUUGGGCGGCUGCAGAGUGACAAGGCACGUUUAGAGGUGAAAGCACAGACCCUGGAGAGGGAAGCAAAAGAGUGCAGAAUGCGAACAGAGGAGUGUCAGCAGCAGUUGAGGCGGUGCCAGUCAGAGCUGAACAGACAGGUGAAACAAAGCAGCAGUGUUAUCCAGGAGAAAGUGCCCUUCAAUGACACAAAAUUUGGUGACUACAACAGCCUAAAUGUGCCACCACACAAUCGAAGGCACCAGCUUAAAGCCCGGGACUUGUCAGGUCAGGCCCUGAGCUUUAUUCAGGACCUGGUGGCUGCUCUGUUGAACUUCCACUCCUACACAGAACAGAGAGUGCACAUCUAUCCCCUGGACUCCUCCAUUGAGCCCAUCUCCCCUCUUAACCAGAAGUUUUCUCAAUAUCUACAUGAGAAUGCAGCAUAUGUGCGCCCCCUGGAGGACAGCUGUCUGCAGUUACACCAAAGCAUCACAGAGGACACCGUCACAGUACUGGAGACUGUGGUCAAGCUGAAGAGCUUCGCUGAUAAUUUCUCAUCAUACACCCACUUUCUUCAAAAGAUUCUUCCCUACCAGCUGAAAAGUCUGGAAGAAGAGUGCGACACACCUCUUUGUACUGCUGCCCUUACUGCGAAAAACCAGGAGCUGCAGAGUGACAUAAAGAGAGUAACUUCUGUGUUUGAGAAACUGCAGAGCUACAUUUAUCUGUUGUCCUUACCCAGUGUUCGGCAGGAUGCCAUGCCACAGAGCAGCACCUCAGCUGUCUUCACCCAGCUGGCUGCCUGCCUACACAGUCUUCACGAUGCCAUUAAAGAGAUGUCAAAGCAUUACAACCAGAAAGCAGGCUUAGAGCAGGACCUCCCCACUAUCACCCAGAAGCUCUGUACCACCACAGAGUGCCUGCUGGGAUCUUUGGGCUCUCUGACCAGCAGCACUGGCAAGAUUGCCACUUUCUUCAGCAACAACUUGGACUUCUUCACAUCAUCAGGCUACAGUCCAAGAGGCAGCACAGUACCCCUUAACCCCUUGCAAGCAGAGAGCAUGCUGGCCAACAAAAAGAAAGCAGCUGCCUAUAUCCAUGCUAUCAAAAAGGCCAGGCCGCAGUCUGUUCCAUACAAAGAAGCCCUGUCAAACCGUCGCAUUCUCACCAGCUCCACUGAGAGCAGAGAAGGUCUCACCCAGCAGGUGCAUCAGAGCCAGGAGAAGAUUGCUCGGCUGGAGCAGGAGAAGGAACACUGGCUCCUGGAGGCCCAGCUGGGGAAGGUGCGGUUGGAAAAGGAGAACCAGCGCAUUGCCGACCUGGAAACGCAGCUCGCAGCAGCUCUCGGGGGAAGUCCAUACUCACAACCAGCUGCAGCCAGCACACUCGCACAGAGCCAUGAGGAAGCGGAGAAAGAGCAGAAGCCUGCUGGGAGAGAGACUACGCUCUGCACCAGCCUGGUUGGCAUGUUGUGCACAACACCUACAGUUGAGCAUAUGGGAGACGAGGAGUCCAGGGAGCAGCUGAUAAAGACUCACUACAUGGCCAGAGUGGGCGAGCUCACUACCCAGCUCCAGAUUUCAGACAGCAAAGCUGUGCACUUUCACUCUGAGUGUCGAGCUUUGGCCAAGAGAUUAGCCAUUGCAGAAAAGUCACGGGAGACUCUGAGCGAGGAGGUCAAACUGGCUAAUCAGAACAUCACACGCUUGCAGGAUGAGCUGGCUACGACAAAGAGGAGCUACGAAGACCAGCUCAGCAUGAUGAGCGACCACCUGUGUAGUAUGAAUGAGACUUUGAGCAAGCAGAGAGAGGAAAUCGACACGCUCAAACUGGGCAGCAAGGGAAAUGCCAAAAAGAACAAAGGUCGCUAGAGAUGCCCCCUAAACUCUGGCUCCAUUUUGGCAUCACAAAGGGCACCUUGAGAGAAGAUCUGGUUGUGGAGCCUCCCGGCAGCGUCCUGGUACCAACACUACCACUGUCACCAAACCACAGGACGGCUACAUGAGCCUCAGAUUCCUCCACUGUCAGGCAGUGGCAAUACAAAUGUACUUGUAUGGAGGCUUGAACAUGUUUGACCGAAGAAGCUUUUUUUUCCCUUUUUCUUGUCACGGCACCAGUUAUAACACAACAUGAUUUGCUAAAAAUGCUUUCUGAAACUGUACCGGAAGCUUCUGCUUGACCUUUUGGCCAAAGCAGGGUGGGAGAGAAACAGCUUUCCCUCAAAAGGGACAGAGGAAGAUAAACAGUGGGAACAGUUAGAAGUUGAUAAUGCCAAGUCAAGACUUGAAGACCAAACCCUGUUGAUCAGUGUGUGUACUUUUCCUGCUUUUAACGUACGUGUGAGAGAAAAUGAAACUGCAAAGCUUACUGCUUAUCUGUGGGUGUAGGCGAACAGAGUAAAUGUUGGUGUGGCUGUAUGUGUGCACAGUGUUGUCUCCUAGUGUGACUGUGGCAUCAGGCUUUACAACAUGUGAGUAUUGUUUUACACUUAGAUUUUAGAUUAAAUUUGAGAUUAUUUGUGCAAGUGGUUUCAAGGGCCUGUAUGUGUUCAUACAACAUAAAAACCCCUUAUAACACAUGCAUAUAUCACAAGCUUCUGUAAAGAAGGGCUUUAAAAACCUGAAUGAACAACUAACAAAGACACACUUUAAUUAUUCCUCAUUUUGGAAGAUUGUCAGUCCUGUGGGAGUGGAGAAAAGACAAGAAAAAAUGUCUGCCUUUAAGCACUGAUUAACCUAGAUGAAAAGGGGUAGGAUGGACAAGUCGGAGCUCGUAAAUGGUGUCCAUCUGUCUGUCUCUGUGAAGUUACUCUUAAACAAUAGAUGUUUUUAUCACCAAAGUAAUUUGGAUGUGCACUCAGAAGCCUGGUGUGGCACAGCGGUCAAUAAAUUCAUGUUGUAAUAUGAAUGGACAUAAGGGUCAAUAUGAAAUUAUUACUCAUUUGAAAUCAUGAUAUAAUUGUACUCUAUAAUUUCUAAUAUAUAUAUAUAUAUAUAUAUAUAUAUAGAAGGUACAAUUUCUUAUUUUUCAUAAAAUUUGGAAAACAGAAUCUGCAGCUAGAGUUUUGUGUGUCUCCUGUAAGGCUAGAUUAGGGGUUGGCCCAUACUGUAACUGGUUCUUAAACAUCUUUGACUUGUAGUGACAUGAGGAAAAGAAAAGAAAAGCCCAGCAGUUGUUAUGAGCAGUUAAUUCAAACCCCUAUUUGCCAGUCUACCCCUGCCAGCAAACUUUUGAUCAUAAAGAUUUGCCAACAGCCCCGAAACUGAUAAAAAAUAAUAAUAUAUGUAUUCUCACAAUGUAACCUGUUCAAAAGCACAUAUAAAUAUGUGAAACAAAAUAAAAAGCUUGUUCAACAUUGAAA